AUGACUGAACCGAACAUGCGAGGCAAGGCCAAGGACGACCGGACCAACAGCAACUCCAACAAAGAAAGCAACAGCUCCAACCAACCCUCCCUCGCAUCCCGAAUCCAGUCCUCGGCAACCAACCUCGCAAAAAGCGCCUUCCAACCACCCACACCAGCAGAACUCUCCCAAUCCCUCGCAACAAGCACAGGAAACAAAGCCGGACAAUCAACCCUACAACCAACCACCAGCACCCAAAGCACCAGCAGAGCCAUCCAAACCCCAAACCGAACCCCAGACCCAGGCCCAGACCCCGAAUCCACAGCCAGAAACAACCAAGCACCCACCUUCCGGAAUAGCACCCACCAACCCAGCGGGGUCUCGCUCCCCCCAUUAACAGAAGCCGAGUUCCACGCCGCAAACCACCAACAGCUACAGCCCGAAAACGAAAACGACAACGACUCCGACCCAAACCAAAACCCAGACCUCCAAUCAACCCAAGGCCCCUGGAAGGGAAAACAACGAGCCAGCGACCCCUCCCAAGCCCAAUACGAAACAGUCUGGCAGCGCAAUCCACCCGCUCAAUACCCCCAGCAACAACACCCACCAGACACCUACACACCGCAGCCAGCAGACGGCGCAGCAGUCCUAUCCCUCCUGUCCGACCCAUCCUUCGACCCAAACACAGACCCUGACCCCGCGACCCUACCAGCGGAACACCCCUCUCUGGACAGCUACGCGGCCCCGGCGCCGCUCUCGCGCGGCGAGAUUGACGCCAUCGAGUCGUUCCGGCGGGGCGUGAGUGGUGCGAUGCGGUCUGAGCUAGAGCGUGGCCAGGAGGAGGAGAGACGGAUGCAGAGAGGAGGGAGUGGGAAUGGGAGUGGGAGUCUUUCAGGGUCGAGUCUCGUCCCCGAUAUUGAUACGUUCCUCAUGGAGAAUGAGCAUGGCGUUGGUUCCGGAGUUAGGUCUGGAUCUGGGAGUUCCCUGCGUGAUACUGUCGCGAUGUAUCUCCCCGGCGCGACUGACUGGAUGGAUGUGCAGGAGAGGUAUGUUGAUGAUGUGUGGGGGUAUUUGGAGCCGGUGCUUGAGGCUGCGAAGGAGGAGAUUGAGGGGAGUGCAAAUGCAGAUGGGGAUGGGGAUGGACCGGCUGUUAGACGGCUGAAGAUGGUGUUGAUGCAUAUGAAGGGGUAG